UCUGUCAUGGCGGCAUCCAGUUUUCAGGCUGGUGUAAAGGAACGGGAUGUUAGGGUUUUUAUUAGCGAGACAAGCGGGUUUGGACGACCCUCUUCGCCUCCGGAGAGCGGAGUCCACACGGAGGGUUUUGGGACUGGAGUUAAACAAAGACAGAGAUGUUGAAAGGAUCCAUGGCAAUGGAAUUAACACCCUUGACAUUGAACCUAUUGAAGCAAGAUACAUGUUAUCAGGUGGUUCAGAUGGUGUGAUUGUACUUUAUGAUCUUGAGAACUCCAGCAGACAACCUUAUUACACAUGUAAAGCAGUGUGUUCCGUUGGCAGAAACCAUCCUGAUGUUCACAAAUAUAGUGUGGAGACUGUACAGUGGUAUCCUCAUGACACUGGCAUGUUCACAUCAAGUUCAUUUGAUAAAACUCUGAAAGUGUGGGAUACAAAUACAUUACAAACUGCAGAUGUAUUUAGUUUUGAAGAAACCGUUUAUAGUCAUCAUAUGUCUCCAGUCGCCACCAAGCACUGUUUGGUAGCAGUUGGUACUAGAGGGCCCAAAGUACAACUUUGUGACUUAAAGUCUGGAUCCUGUUCCCACAUUUUACAGGUUAUGUUUGCAGGUCACAGACAAGAAAUACUGGCAGUUUCCUGGUCACCACGUUGUGAAUAUGUCUUGGCAACUGCAAGUGCUGACAGUAGAGUAAAAUUAUGGGAUGUGAGAAGAGCAUCAGGCUGCUUAAUUACUGUUGAUCAGCAUAAUGGAAAAAAGUCACAAGCUGUUGAAUCAGCAAACACUGCUCAUAAUGGGAAAGUUAAUGGCUUAUGUUUUACAAGUGAUGGGCUUCAUCUCCUUACUGUUGGUACGGAUAAUCGAAUGAGGCUCUGGAAUAGUUCCAAUGGAGAAAACACACUAGUCAACUAUGGAAAAGUUUGUAAUGACAGCAGAAAAGGAUUGAAAUUCACAGUCUCCUAUGGCUGCAGUGCAGAGUUUGUUUUUGUACCAUAUGGUAGCACCAUUGCUGUUUAUACAAUUUACUCAGGAGAACAGAUAACUAUGCUUAAGGGACAUUAUAAAAGUGUUGACUGCUGUGUAUUCCGGUCUAAUUUCCAGGAACUUUAUAGUGGUAGCAGAGACUGCAAUAUACUUGCUUGGGUACCAUCUUUAUCUGAACCAGUUCCUGAUGAUGAUGAGACUACAACCAAGUCACAGUUAAAUCCAGCAUUUGAAGACGCAUGGAGCAGCAGUGAUGAGGAAGGAUGAUUCUCAAUCCUGAGUACCUUUGUGUCUCUACUGAUGAAACUUUUAAAAUGGGACUGUUUUUUGUUGUUAUUGUUUUCUUCCUAACUAUGUGAUGACAGCUAUAUUAACCCUGAAUUUGGGUGAUUUUUUUCACCCAUGUUUAAAAUGAGGGUAGUAUUUGCAUGAAAUCCUGAAGCACACUUUUUUUUUUUUAAAGAUUUUAUUUAUUUAUUUGACAGAGAGAGACACAGCGAGAGAGGGAACACAAGCAGGGGGAGUGGGAGAGGGAGAAGCAGGCUUCCUGCAGAGCAGGGACCCCGAUGCGGGGCUCGAUCCCAGGACCCUGGGAUCAUGACCUGAGCUGAAAGCAGACCCCUAAUGACUGAGCCACCUAGGUGCCCCCUGAAGCAGACUUUUAUAUAGUUUAUUUAACCAAAAAUAUCUCUUGAUCCCAGUUACUGUAGCCUGGGGCAUCCCCUAUUGUUAUAGUACUCUCUCUAUUGAGACAGAUCCUGGCAACCCCUGGCCCCCGUGUGAGACCUUGAGCACAUUGUGUGAACUGUAAGAUGCAAUCUCAGAGGAUGAGCAAGUAAAGGUUAUCAGCACUGAUUUUCUCCUACUGGCUGUACCAUCACCUUGUUCAUUUUCACUUUUAUGCUGCUUUUACUGAGGACAAUCAUAUAAAAAAUGAUAGUUGAAAAGUUAGCAUCCAAUUUUUAAAUACUUUUUUAUUCACGCAUUCAGUUUUUGCAAUGAUUUCCUUAGCCAACCAUUGUCUAGCUUUAAUUAAAUAUUUUUGGACUCAGUCCAAAAAUUGUGUAUCACAGAAGUUUUUAAUUUGGGGGAAAUCCCAUGUUUUCUUUAUUUUUAUGUGUCAGAUGGUAGCUUGUACUCAUGCUUGAACCUCCCUUCUGUGAAUCUUGUUAAGAUGUGACCAAGUCCUGUUUCAGUCAUUAAAGCAGAAAAUGCCCUGGCAGGAAAUCUGGCUCAACAUGAAAUGUUGUCACAAAAUUUCUAUUUUAUUGUCUACUUUUCUUGUAUAAUAACCCACAAGUGAUUAUCAUGAAGCUAAUCUUACUCCCUUUCUUUCUGAUUCUUCUCAGCAGGAGACUAGGAAAAGAGGUUUUUGUAGCUUGAAUAACAAGUGUAUAGUUGUUGAGUUUUUAAGUGUGUGGUAGGCCUCAUAUCAGACCUUUCUGGGCAAAUGUUUAACAUAUGUUUACUAUACUUGAUUUUCUUAAGCUCUGACCAUUAUACUGUCACUUCCCCCCAACUCCUUAGUGAGGAUGCUUAUGAUCUUUGAGAAUGCUACUGAAAUUGGACUUUUUUUUUAUUUAAAAAGAAGUCCUCCUUUAAGCUGCAAAUAACUAUAUUGCUUCUUUCUAGUUAUAUAAAUAUACAUGCUGAUUGUAAAUCAUUCAGACAACAUUAAAACUUACAAAAGAAUAUAAUGGUCACCUGGAAUCAUAUCACCCUAAGGUAACUACUGUUAUCAUUUUGGUGGCCAUUCUUCUAUGCAUCUUUUUUUGACAUAAUUUUACAUAAUGGGAUGUUUGGCUUGCUGUUAUUAUCAUGGAAGUUCCUCUCCUCCCACCUCAGCACCUCCCUCCCCAUCCAAUAAUCCACAGUAUUAACCACGUAUGCAACAAUCCACAUUAUUAACCAAGUAUGUGUUGUGGACUUGCGAACCAAGAGCAUCUGUUUUUCAAGCUCUGGAUCUGGGUGCCUGCACUGCUGUAGCUUCCAUGUGACAAGUCUCAGGAUUGGUGAUCUUUUUAGCCCUGCUUUAGGCAGAGAGGAAGCCGAUUUUACCUCCAAAGGGGGAAGGGGAGGGAAAAGGGGGGCAGCUCAGGUAGUGAAUCACAGCCCCACUUUGGGUCUGUCUGCCUGCAUCUGGAGGCUUUAAUCCUACUCUUCAGGUUAUGCUUGGGGGUGACUUAAACUGUUGAAAGUAAAGACCAGCUCUCAGAAAGCCUUAAAGAUUUCCAACUCUCUGGAAAAUAGAGGCUCUCACAGACCCUGAGCCUGUGACCUUUCAUACCCAGCAGCGUAUUAAGCUUUAAGUCAUGAAAAUAGCCCACCAGAAACUCAGUAUAACUACCAACGCCUCCUUAAGGUAGGAUAGAGCCAAAUCUGGGCUCUCUGAUAUAUUCCACCUGUAGGAGGAGGUGGCUGUCUCUAUCCUCAGUCCUUUGCCAGAUGGCAUGGUUCUGGAGGAUGUCACCACUCCCCUAGGUCACUGGGAAGACACUUGGGAUUAACUGAAUGAACAGCAAGGGAGUACCUAGACUAUGCAAAUGACACUACGAGCCACCAAACAUGAUGGAACUCAGUGGAAUGUUGCUGCUUUCCAUCUCUUAGCCAAGAUGUCCCUAAUAAAGGACGGGACCCAAGAAACAACACACUUGGCCUUCAUGCAGUCAUCUUAAUACUCGAUGCCCUGGCCAAUAAGUAGCUCCAUCUUUACAUUAAUUAUAACUUAUGUUAUAAUUGUUGGGCCAUUGCCUAAAAAUUGUCCCUUUCAGGGAGAAACAAACAAGCAAACUCUGGGACUCUCUUUCCUCACAGAUACCCGAAAUCUAAGUCAAAAUUACACAUCUCCAUCUAUAUUAAGGUCACAAUACAAUGCCUUGCCUGGACACUCCAUAUUACUUUCAGAGUUAUAGACAUUACUUAUAAUAAGCAAGACACACAUUUUACUUCUCAAAAUACACAAUGCUAGUCUUUUGGAAAAGGUAUUCAAUAGAACUUUCAUGUCCGUAUUAAGUCCCAAAUAGCUGGUUUAAUUGAUAGAUACAGUGGCCUUCUCAAAUAACUCCUUUUCGAGUUCUGCUCCGGUAAAUGGACCUGUGAAGGGUCUCUAUCUUGCUCCAGGCCUUAUUCUCUCUUAAUUCAAGUCCCUUUGGCCAAAUUACACCUCACACCAACUUAGAAAACUUUUCCAUUGCCCUUUCCUGUAUUUAAAGGGAGAAGUGUCUUGCUGCCAUGUAUAUAAACAUUCAUUAUUUAUGAGGCCCUUUUUAUAACAUUUUCCCCUGUCUUUAUAAAUUGUUUAUCAUUCCCCUAUCCCAGAAGGGCUGGAGGCCAUAUCAAGAGUGCAUAUACUCUUUUGGGACCCAUUAUCCAGAUUGUCCAUAGAUCAGACAGCUGUUCAUCUAAUAUAGGACUCAUUUGAGCCUAGACUUCAACAACAACAACAA